CCCACAAAUCUCGGGCAGAAAACCCUCACCGCCCACGCCAAGCAACCACCCCACCAACACCUACACAUCCCUGACGACAAAUCCAUCCAUCACUCGUAACUUUAACCUCCCGCUUUUAGUUUACCUUGCCCAAAUCACAACAACCACCCACGCCGUCUCACAAAACUCACAAUACCCCGAAACCACCACAUUCCACCGAACAGCACACCACCCACGACACAAAAUGACAGACCCCCAACCCCCAACCCUAACCCCCGGCCCCACCCCCACCGGCGACAUCUCCGACGAACUCCGCCCCGCGUCCGCGGAAGACCGCAAGGCAGCCGCUGCGCUCUCGUCUCUCGAUACGCCGCGCGACGACGAUAAUGGGGGCGGGGGGAAGCAGAAUGUGGAUGUUGAGGCGGUGAGGAAGGCUAUGGAUCGUCUUGGCGAGGGAGGGGCGCGGGGGAAGGAGGGGGAAGGGGUGGGGCGGAAGAAGGAGGAGGUGAAGAGGGUGGUUAAGGUUGAGGCGGGGGAUGUUAAGGUUGUGAUUGAGGAACUCGAGCUCUCGAAACCGAAAGCUACGGAGCUGUUGAAGGCGAAUGAUGGGGAUCUUGUUAAGGCGCUGCGGGCGUUUGUUGCUGUUUGAGUACUGGAAGCGAGUUGACGAAUGGGCUGAGAUGGGUGGAGGAUAGCUGAGCCGUGGCUUCCCUCGAGUCUACGACCGCGUGAGGAAGGCGUUGUGAGGUAAAUGCACACAAAGUAGGCGCAGGAGACGCAAUGAGCCGGGGAUCCCCUGCGAUAGCUGGGGAGUGUGAUGAAGGAUAUGAGGACACGGAUAUCAAGGCGGAAUCAAGCUGCCAAAUAGGGGAAUUAUAUGUGACGGAACGUAAAUGAGAGAUGUCAUGAACACC